AUGCGCAACGCAUCCUCCGCCGAGCCCGGCCCGGCCAACGCGUCCUGCCGGGCGCUGGCGCUCGGCUGCGCCAACGCGUCGAGCCCGGAGCCGCUGCCGCUGCCGCCGUCGCUGGCCGUGGCCGUGCCGGUCGUGUACGCGGUGAUCUGCGCCGUGGGGCUGGCGGGCAACUCCGCCGUGCUGUGCGUGCUUCUGCGGACGCCGCGCGCGAAGUCGGUCACCAACGUGUUCAUCCUCAACUUGGCGGUGGCAGACGAGCUCUUCACGCUCGUGCUGCCCAUCAACAUCGCCGACUUCCUGCUGCGGCGCUGGCCCUUCGGCGAGCUGGUGUGCAAGCUCGUCGUGGCCAUCGACCAGUACAACACGUUCUGCAGCCUCUACUUCCUGGCCGUCAUGAGCGCCGACCGCUACCUCGUGGUGAUCGCCGCCGCCCAGUCGCGCCGCGUGGCCGGCCGCACCUACCGCGCCGCGCGCGCCGUGAGCCUGGCCGUGUGGGCGCUCGCCACGCUGGUGGUGCUGCCCUUCGCCGUCUUCGCCCGGCUGGACGAGGAGCACGGCCGGCGCCAGUGCGUGCUGGUCUUCCCGCAGCCCGAGGCCCUCUGGUGGCGCGCCAGCCGCCUCUACACGCUGGUGCUGGGCUUCGCGCUCCCGGUGAGCGCCAUCUGCGCGCUGUACGCCACCCUGCUGUGCCGCCUGCGCGCCAUCCGGCUGGACAGCCACGCGCAGGUCCUGGGCCGCGCCAAGAAGCGGGUGACCCUGCUGGUGGCGGCCAUCCUGGCCGUGUGCCUGCUCUGCUGGACGCCCUACCACCUGAGCACCGUGGUGGCGCUCACCACCGACCUGCCGCAGACGCCGCUGGUCAUCGCCAUCUCCUACCUCAUCACCAGCCUGAGUUACGCCAACAGCUGCCUCAACCCCUUCCUCUACGCCUUCCUGGACGACAGCUUCCGCAGGAACCUGCGCCAGCUGGUGGCCUGCCGCGCCCGCACCGAGGACGCCUGA